AUGGCCACACUGUUUUUAAUUGGCGGGGCGGAGUCCCCCCCGUUGCUGGAGAGCGGUUUGUUCGACCGGGAGGUGCUGCUGCGGGACGCAGAGACGUUAUUGAGGAGGCUGUACAGCGAUAGGGUGUACCCUUUGCCCAAUCCAUGGAACUACGAGUCUGGUGUAUCGCUUGUGGUGUUGCCUACCAGCGGUGGUGCAGACGACAGGGCGGGCCGUGGCAGUGGUGCAGAGGAGGACGCGGUGUUGCUGAACAAACUGUUUGGGAAGUUCUUCCCGACUUUCAACAUCCGGGCUGUCUCGCAGUUUGCAGUGGAGGAGGAUCUUGCAACGCUCUUGGACAUGGUGCAGCAGGAGAGGCAGCUGUGCCGAGAUAGGACGAGCAGAAUGGACCACUGGAUGCACCACGACGUUUUGCCCGCUGAGAUCACAGACGACUCGCACAGAGCGAAUUCGACGUGCCAGAACAACUUGUACUCGAUGCUGAAGCAUUUCCACGCUGCACAGGGUACAGACUUGCGUGUACCCAGGGUUCUGCGCAACAUCCGGUUCUCGGAACUGGUCGAAGAAGUGGACGCGGAGGGCCCCACGGGACCAGAUACCGUGGAACAGUUCCAAGAAGUAUUGAAUACCUGGGAAUUUUCUGCUUUGAACCUCACCACUUUGCAACUCAUCAAAUGUGGGUUCUACAUAUUGCACACUUUGUCCCAAAGGGCUAAAGUACCCACAGCAGAUAAUAAACUUUACCUCUUGCUGUUUACACUGGAGGCGUCGUACCAUCAGAUAAACAGGUUCCACAAUUUCAAGCACGCGAUAGACGUCAUGCAGGCGACGUGGAAACUGUGCAGCAUCAUUCUCCCACAGGACCACCGCGUCACACUUUUGCUAUGCCUUGCCGCGAUAGGUCACGAUGUGGGACAUCCGGGGACCAACAACGCACUGUUCAAACAGGAGAGCGGCACGAGUCGGAUGUUCCAAGGCCACUCAGUGCUAGAGAACUUCCACUACCAAAUCUUCAGUUCCAUCCUCAGGUCCCUGUGGCCCACCGUGUUCAGUCUCACUAGGACAGACACGGAGCACAAAAAUCUAAUCGAAAGUGCCAUCCUUGCUACAGACAUGUCCAUCCACCAAAAAUACGUGGAUAUCCUCACGGAAAGGUCCACAUCGGACGUACCGUUGACGGUGGUUGAGACAAUAUCUCUUAUAAUCAAGGCAGCAGACAUAUCGAACGUCACGCGGCCGCUCCACGUAUCGGCAAAAUGGGCGUUCCUGAUCACAUUGGAAUUCAAGGAUUGUGCCGCUCUGCAAGAGUACCUCCAAUCGAGGGGAAACUCUACAAAUUCGUGCCACUGCGCCGUGCAAGACAGCCGGCCUCGCGAGGACUACGACAUGGAGUUUGAAAUAGAGAUGCACGAGUUGAUCAACUCGACACCUUUCUCGCUGGAUCUGCUACUUAAAAAGUAUCCUGCCAUCCCGGCGGGGCAAAUCUUCUUCAUUAAUACAUUUGCAUUUGAGUUCUUUGACAAACUGGCAAAGAUCUUCCCAGACCUGAGGUUCCUCAUCGAAAACGUUGAAUCGAAUAAACAAUUCUGGAUUAAAAGACAAGAAUCACGUACGAGUUCCUGA